CCGCUCGCGGGCCGCGUAAACGUCAAACGUCGUCGUCGUCGUCGGAAUUUCGUAGCAUUGCUCCAUCUCAUCGCUAAUUGUUUUUCUUUUUGGUGCGCGCACCCGCGAUUCCCUGUUUGUUUUUCCGUUUUUAAUCCGUGGCCACGCCACCAAAGCUGCCGUGUGGUGUUGUGGGUUGGCGUUCGAAGUGCAAAAAGGUUGUGCGUUGCGGAGGAGGACGGAGUGGCCAUUUGGCGGCGGUUUGUAAACAAAGCGGUUGGGCGCAAUUUGUCCGCGCUGGUUGGGAUUCGGGCCCGCUGCAGUUGUCACAAUGACGGAUUCCUUCUUCGGGUUCGACACGCAUCUUCCGGUGGAGGAUGACGGAGGCGGGGGAAUUGGGGGCGGUCCGGACGAUUCGGAGGAGGAGUACGAUGCGCUGAACGAUGAGACGUUUGGGCAGGCACGGGAGGGGGACUGGGAGGAGCUGCACGAGGAUAUGGUCCGGUUGGAUCAGCGGGAGGGUGGGGAUGGCGAUUCGGGGCCGGAUUCGGACUUGGAUAUGAACUUUUCCAGCGUUCGGAUUGACAACUUGGAGCUGGACGAUGAUAACGAGUCGGAGGCGAGGUUGCAGCUGGAUCCGAGCGUGUGGACGAUGCCGAGCAAGCCGGAGACGCCGCGGCCGCAGUUGCCACAUCCGGCGAUGCAGCAGCACCAUCCGCAGAGUUCGUUGAUGGCGGCGAUGCAGCACCAGCAGCACCAUCAGAGGAUAGGCGGGGGACCAGGUGGCCCCUUUGUCGGUCUUCCCCCCAACUUCCCGCUGCCGAAUCCGGCUCAGAUGCGCAUCUGUUCGGUGGAGGAGAUCGAGCAGAACAUGAUCAAGCAGCAGGCGCAGCACUCGAUGCCGCCGGAGGUUCCCCAGCAGCUGCCGCCGUUUCAUCUUCCGGGCAUGGGACUGCCUCGUCCGCCGCCCGGAUUUCCCGGCAUGAUGAAUCACCAGCCGCCGUUGACGUUUCCGGUGAACUUUCCGCCGCCGUUGAACAUGGUUCCCCCGUUGGUUCAGGAGAUUCAGCAAAACCAUCCGAUGCUGAACCAGCACCGUCAACACCAGCAACAGGGUCAGAAUCGCUACCAGCAGCAGCACAAUAAUCGGCAGAAUUACCACCAGAACCAGCAGCAGAUGCAGCAUCACCGUGGCAAGCUGAACCGGUCGGGCGAGUACGACGAGUACGCGAACCUGAUGAGCGAACGGGACAAGCAGUGGCUGCUGGCCUUUGUACUUAACGCCCAAUACCCACCUGAUGCCAAACCCAUGUGGACGUUCAUCCAUAAGCAUGCGUAUGGCCUGGUUUUUGACAACGAUACAAAAUACGCCUGCGUUGUAAGCCUCCUUGCAUAUUUAUCUAAACCUCCCGCUAAGUAAUUUCUAUCGUAUUGUAUUUAUUGUGAAGAUUGUGAAUUAUUUAUUUAUUUUUAAUGUGUAAAUUUAUGCUUUGAAUGAAUAUAUUGUCCUAUAAUUUGA